GGACAAGAAAAGGAUGUCUUUGCUCCUCGGUUUAGCAAUAACAUCAUUAGCACUUUCCAGAAUUUAUAUCGUUGCCCUGGGGAUGAUAAGAGUAAAAUUGUUAGAGUGCUCAAUUUGUGGCAGAAGAAUAAUGUGUUCAAAAGUGAAAUUAUUCAGCCUCUAUUGGAUAUGGCAGCAGGAAUUCCUCCUCCAGUUGUUACUCCUGUUUUGCCAGGGACAACUGCUACUUUGAGUAAUAAUACACCAGGAACUCCAGUGACUCCUGCUACUCCAGCCAAUGUAAUCCAAAGUUUACCUGAUCCAUGGGUAUCUCAGAUAACUAAUACAGAUACGCUUGCUGCUGUAGCACAGAUCCUUCAAAGUCCACAAGGACAACAGCUUCAGCAGUUAAUACAGACAUUGCAGAUGCAACAACAAAAACCACAACCAUCAUUGCUUCAAGCACUGGAUGCUGGUCUCGUCGUUCAGCUACAGGCUCUCACUGCUCAACUUACGGCUGCUGCUGCUGCCGCCAAUACACUCAAUCCACUAGAACAGAGUGUCUCUUUUAACAAGAAGCUGAUAGAUAGAUUUGGAGAUUUUGGAGAAGAAACUGAUUUGAAUGAAGAGCCCAAAAAGGAAACUCCAACUUCUCAAUUGCCGCUUGUAUCUGAAUCCGUGAACAAUUCACUUUUUCAUCAGCUAGCUGAACAACUACAGCAACAAAACUUAGAACAUCUUCGUCAGCAGCUUCUAGAUCAGCAGCCACCAAAGGUCAGCCCUGAGGAAACUCAAGAAGAAAAUUUUGGUUCUGAGCAUUCAGCAUCACCUUCGCAAGACAGCAGUCACCAACAGUUUUUAGAAGUGGAAACAAAGCUUGACAAUUCAAUGGAUGUUCAACAACAGGACAUGGAUAUAGAUGAAGCCCAGGAGAUUGUAGAACAAGAAGUCUUUGAGCAAGAAGAAAAGAAGCCAGCA